AUGUUUCGUCGCAAGACUGUUUCGCAAACCGAACAAGAGAGUAACGAGGCAGCUCUCAGAGAGGCAAAGAUCAAAGAGGUCAAGGCUCUCAUUGGUCAGCUCUCUGGAAGGAGCUCACUGUAUUGUUCAGAUGCGUGUCUCAAGAGAUAUCUGGAAGCUAGGAAUUGGAAUGUAGGCAAGGCCAAGAAGAUGCUUGAGGAGACGCUUAAAUGGAGAUCCACUUUUAAACCUGAGGAAAUCCGUUGGGAUGAAGUUUCAGGUGAAGGUGAAACCGGAAAAGUUUACAAAGCUGGAUUCCACGACAGAAGUGGAAGAACGGUUCUUAUACUGAGACCCGGCUUGCAGAACACGAAAUCAUUAGAAAACCAGAUGAAACAUUUGGUGUACCUCAUUGAGAAUGCAAUUCUGAAUCUGCCAGAGGAUCAAGAACAGAUGUCUUGGCUUAUUGACUUCACGGACUGGACACUGAGCACAAGUGUGCCUAUUAAAUCUGCCAGAGAAACUAUCAACAUACUGCAGAAUCACUACCCAGAGAGACUAGCUGUAGCUUUCCUCUACAAUCCUCCAAGGCUCUUUGAGGCAUUCUGGAAGAUAGUGAAGUACUUCAUUGAUGCAAAGACAUUCAUCAAGGUGAAAUUUGUUUACCCAAAGAACCCGGAGAGCGUGGAGCUCAUGAGCUCGUUUUUCGACGAGGAGAAUCUCCCAACCGAAUUUGGAGGGAAAGCUUUGUUGCAAUAUAACUUUGAAGAAUUCUCCAAGCAGAUGAACCAAGACGAUGUUAAAACUGCAAACUUCUGGGGAUUGGUUCACAGUAAGGAUCACCAGCAGCACGUGAGCAGCGGGUUUUCAGGAGCCGAGAUCGCCCCUGAGCCAAUCCAAACAAACCCUUGA